AGCGCGCAGAUAUGUGGAUCUACCUGUGACCCACAAAGAGAUGCGCUGUCAAUCGGUCGAUACUGGCCGCCAUGUGGACAGGGCAACAAAAUCCAGAUAAAUUAGAUUACUGGAUUGACCGCAACAGAUUAUAGUUCUCCUACUUCCCCGAUGCUUGACGAGAAAACAAUCUGAAAAAUUAGACGGAAUUUGAGGGGAAACAGGGAAAGACUGGCAGCCAUGCUGACCAGCUUUCUGGAAGGUCUGCUCUGCUGCUUCACCUCAAAGCCGACCAAUAUUGUGGUUCCUGUAGAAACCUCAGAACCUGCUGAUGGCUACGAGUUUGUGGAGGUAAAACCGGGCCGCAUUCUGCGAGUUCGGCAUAUCAUCCCCGACAGGCCGGUGGUGGAGGAGCCCACCGGGGUUGGUGGGAGUGUGAGCUGCAAACGAAAAAUCACAGUUUACCGUAACGGACAGCUGUUCAUUGAGAACUUGGGUGACAGGGCGAGCGCAGAGCUGAAAAGCUGCCAGAAUGGAGAGACAGAACCCAACAGCACCAUGGAGGUAGAACUGACGGACUGUGGUAAGUCGUCGCCGCCCGUCAGCAUUCCUGAGGCGAGAUCAGACUCUGUCACGGCUGGAAACAACGGCGCAUCGGACACAGCAGCAGCAGCGGGUGAGGCACCUGCUGCUGGACAGACUGACCAAUCUCAGCAACCCAGGAAGCGCAGGCGGAAGCCCAAGCGCACUGUGGUGAUCGACUGUGAAAGGAAGAUAUCAGCCUGUAAAGGGACACAUCCAGAUGUGGCGUUGUUCUUCAUUCACGGGGUCGGAGGUUCGCUGGAUAUCUGGGGAAGCCAGCUGGACUUCUUUUCUCGGCUGGGCUACGAAGUGAUUGCCCCGGACCUGGCAGGACACGGAGCCAGCUCAGCACCGCAGAUUCCUGCAGCGUACACGUUCUAUGCGCUGGCUGAGGAUAUGAGAAUCAUCUUCAAGAGAUACGCUCGGAAGAGGAAUAUCCUCAUAGGACACUCUUACGGUGUGUCGUUCUGCACCUUCCUGGCUCAUGAAUAUCCAGAACAAAUUCACAAGAUGGUGAUGAUCAACGGCGGCGGUCCCACAGCUCUGGAGCCCAGCCUCUGCUCCAUCUUCAACCUGCCCACCUGUGUGCUUCACUGCCUCUCCCCACUGCUCGCCUGGUGCUUUCUCAAGGCGGGCUUUGCUCGGCAGGGCGCCAGGGAGAAGCAGUUGCUGAAAGAGAACAAUGCCUUCAAUGUGUCGUCUUUUGUGUUGCGUGCCAUGAUGAGCGGGCAGUACUGGCCUGAGGGGGACGAGGUCUACCACGCUGAGCUGACAGUGCCCGUCCUGCUGGUGCAUGGCAUGCAUGACAAAUUUGUCCCUGUUGAAGAGGACCAACGAAUGGCAGAAAUACUUCUAAUGGCGUUCCUGAAGGUCUUGGAGGACGGCAGUCACAUGGUCAUGAUGGAGUGUCCGGAUCCUGUUAAUACGCUCCUGCACGAGUUCUUCCUCUGGGAACCGCUGACCCUCCCAGCGCCAAAGAAAGAGUCCAAAACCCGUCCAGAGACCGCUAAAGCUCGAACUGAUAACACUCAGGCGAUAGCUGAGCCCAGCAAGGCCCGGCCUGCGACUGCUAAACCAGCCCAAUGAAGAGGCAGCAGGUUCACAUCAGAGCUGAAACACUGGUUGUUACGGUGAAUCGAGGUCGGCCAGUCGGUGCAUCACAAGCAUCCCAGUGCAUCUGGUGCAAGCUGUUAAACCUGAUGAUGAGCCAGUUAACUGGUCCUGCUGGAGGCGGGACACUCUGCAGAGGUCACUGAUUCCAAAUAAACUCCAACCACGUAACACACAGCAGCGAGGACGCGUUUGUGCCUUGAACUGAUGCGUUACAGUGACGGUACCUGGAUCGGGGAAGCACAAAUGGAAACAGCCACGAAGGCAACGAUGAAAACAGCUGCCAAGUGGGAAAGAUGAUAAACUGGGACAAGAACACGUGGCUCCUGGUUGAGCACAAGCUGUAAUUAACAGCUGAGACUCAACCUUAUGAAGUGUAGCUGGAUAGUCAGUCACUUUUUUUAUUCCUCAUAAGUAUU